GGCCUGGAGCACACAAUUCGAGCAAACGUGUUUUGGGGCAGUCAUUCCAAACGCGUUUUCGUUUCCAAAUUGUUGUCAAUAUGCAAGAUAUAAGAACACUUGAUGCGAAUCGGUUGUAAAUAAUGGCUUCCUGUCUCGCUUCGCAUACAUGAUGAAAUCACUUAUAUUUGCCGCUGCUCUUUGCUUAUCUUCGGUGCUCGCUCAAGAAACUGUAGGCCGAGGAAUGGCAUGCGCGAUAUGGAGAAAAGAAGGUGCGAUCACUAAAACACAGGCUUGCCAAUCCGGCCUCACUUGUUAUGGCUUUGGGCCCGGCGAAAUUCUGACCGUUGGUGGCAGCAUUCAUCACACGAACUUUGACCUUUACCGAGGUGUUUGCAUCAAUAUGCGAGAUAUCCAAAGACCCUAGUCCUACCAACACUCAUGGCGAGUUCCGUCUACCGGUUUCUUAUUGAGCGAGUACUGUCCUCGAAAUUAAGCUAAAAUCCCAUGUCGCUUUUUUUUCAUCUCUCCCAUUCAUAC